AUGGCUGAAGCUACAGGUUUCCAGCUUGUCUCUUGCAAGCAAAGCAAGCACAAGAAGGACGAAGAAGUUGAUACAAGCAACAUUCUUUCCGAAAAGAGACACUGUAUACAUUCAGCAAAGAAGCACCAAAACAGGCAGAAAGAAGGCACGGGUAAUGCUAGUGGUGAUGACAAUGACAAUGAUGUGGGAUCCAAUUCGAAAGGAUUGCCCGGAUUGCUGACAGACAAGCACUACAAAUGCUAUCAUGGUAGCCAUCAUAUCCUCACAAUCACUAAGAAGAUGAAGGGUGCAACAAUCAGCCUUGAGACAUACUUGCACACCAAGGUUCCCAAUAUGUAUGCAUUGUUUUUGGCACUCAAAAGGCACAGUUCGACUCGUCUGCCUACCGAUGAAGAAAUUGCAAUUACCAAUGGGUCAAACAUUCCAACAGCUCAGCAGCUGAAGGAGUUGACAGAUGCUUUUGCACGCCAAGCAAAGGGAAAGCAGGGUCCAUGGGAUCAGGCAAAGUUUGAGUGCACUUUAGCUGAAUGGAUUGUCUGCAAUGAUGAACCAUUCACUGUUGUUGAGAGCUUGUCCACCAGGAUUCAAGCCUUCCAAUCCCAACUGCAAAGACGAUUCGGCUGUGCAUUCUUAAUAUGA